GCAAUCCUCCACAAAACAGACCAGGUGGAGGGAGAAUCAGUGCUCCAGAAGCCACUGCACCAUGAGCAUCUCCGCGCUCAGCCUCAUCAGAUUCCCAGGCAGCGUCUCUGGGCUCCUCCAAGUGGCCUCCCUACUCGGCCUGCUUCUGCUGCUGUUCAAGGCAGCCCAGUUCUACCUACACAGACAAUGGCUGCUCAGAGCUCUCCAGCAGUUCCCGUGUCCACCCUCACACUGGUUCUUCGGGCACAAACAGCAGUUCCAAAAGGACCGAGAGCUGGAACGACUGUUAAAAUGGGUAAAAGAAUUCCCAAGUGCCUGUCCUCGCUGGCUCUGGGGGAGUAAGGUUACUGUCCUGCUCUAUGACCCUGACUACAUGAAGGUGAUCCUGGGGAGAUCAGACCCCAAAUCUCAUGGUGUCUACAGAUUACUGUCUCCCUGGAUCGGCUAUGGGUUGCUCCUGCUGAAUGGGAAGACAUGGUUCCAGCACCGGCGGAUGUUGACCCCAGCCUUCCACUAUGACAUCCUGAAGCCCUAUGUGGCUGUCAUGGCCAACUCUGUCCAAGUGAUGCUGGACAAAUGGGAGCGGCUCAUCAGUCAAGACUCCCCUGUGGAGAUCUUUCAACAUGUUUCCUUGAUGACACUCGACUCGAUCAUGAAGUGUGCCUUCAGCCACCAGAGUUGUACUCAGUUCAACAGGAAUUCUCACUCCUACAUUCAAGCCAUUGGAGAGCUAAACAAUCUGACUUUUUCCCGUGUGAGGAACGUCUUUCACCAGAAUGACACCGUCUACAGUUUGUCUUCAAGUGGCCGAUUGUUUAAACAAGCUUGCAAGCUUGCCCAUGAGCACACAGACGAAGUGAUCCAGCAGAGGAAGUCUCAACUGCAGGAUGAGAAUGAGCUAGAGAAAAUCAAGAAGAAGAGACGCUUGGAUUUCCUGGACAUCCUCCUUUUUGCCAAAAUGGAGGAUGGGAACAGCUUAUCUAACAAGGACCUGCGUGCUGAGGUGGACACGUUCAUGUUUGAGGGCCAUGACACCACAGCCAGUGGCAUCUCCUGGAUCCUCUAUGCUCUAGCUGCACACCCCAAGCACCAACAGAAGUGCAGGGAGGAGGUCCAGAGCCUCCUGGGGAAUGGAGCCUCCAUCACUUGGGAACACCUGGACCAGAUGCCCUACACCACCAUGUGUAUCAAGGAAGCCUUGAGGCUGUAUCCACCUGUACCCAAUGUGAGCAGAGAGCUCAGCGAACCAGUCACUUUCCCUGAUGGGCGCUCCUUACCCAAAGGUAUGACGGUCUCACUCUCCAUUUAUACCCUUCACCACAAUCCAAAGGUGUGGCCAAAUCCAGAGGUAUAUGACCCUUCCCGGUUUGCACCGGAUUCUGCCCGACAUAGCCAUUCAUUCCUGCCCUUCUCAGGAGGAUCAAGGAACUGCAUUGGUAAACAAUUUGCCAUGAAUGAGCUGAAGGUAGCUGUGGCCCUAACCCUGCUCCGCUUUGAGCUGCUGCCAGACCCCACCAGGAUCCCAGUUCCUGUGGCACGUCUUGUGUUGAAGUCCAAGAACGGGAUCUACCUGCACCUCAGGAAGCUGAAAUAAUCCUGAUGGGGACACGGACAGCUCUGAAAUAGAUGUCAGCUCCUGCCUGACAUCCCAUUUCCUUGUACCUGUUCCAGUCCAUUCUUCCACAUCCUUCUUUCUGUCUCCCCACCUCCCCACCUGCCUGCUCUGUGCUUUCUGUCUUCCUGGAUGUCUGCUCUUAAAUCUCUGUCUAUCCAUCUCCAAUCUGCCUGCCUCUCUGUCUACCUACUGCCUGAUUAUUUGCCUUCUCUUUAACAGCCUGCUUCUCUACAUGUCUUUUUCCUUUCUGCUAGUUAACUGUCCUUGUAUUAGCUUCCCAGUGCUGCUAUGAUAAAUUACAAAAAAACCUUGAUGAGUUUAAGUAGCAAAAUUCUCCUUUUAGUUCUCAUGAUCAGAAUUAUAACACGGGUUUCACUGAGACACCACCAAAGUAACUGCAGGGCCAUGCUACCUCCAUGCCUGUUCAUGUGCUUUCUCUUUUUCCAUUUCCAUUUUAUAGAGCUGCAUUCCUGAGCUUUCAGGUUUUUUCUCAAUAUUCAAAUCCUGAAGCAUCUUCAAAUGUCACUCUGUUUUCACACCACUUAUCUAUUGUUAAGGAUCUUUGUGACCACAUUGUACCCACUGUGAUAAUACAGGACAUAUUCAUAGUUGUCCUGUGAUUAGGAGCUCUACAUCUUGGGAAGCCGUUAUUCAGCCUAUGCAUCAUCCUACCCUGACUAUCGCCCAACAUCUCCAUCUAAGUCUCUUUCCAUGGUCUCUGGCUAUCUGAUUAUUUCACUUGCAAAUCUCUCUGUCUCCCUCUUCCCUGUAAUAAAGUUUCCAAAGUCA